AUACCUUUCUCUAUAUUUAGGACAACCUGCACCUUAUCAGACGCUAUCAGCAGAGUGGCACACACACAAAAAUGAGAUAAUAUUUUUUUACACCCAUAGUAAAGGUAUUAUAACUGCAAGAGACCUUGAAGUCAUUUGAGCAUACAGUUGCUGAUUGACCAUGAUGAAACUUGUCAUUUUACUGGUGUUGAUUGGAGUCAUUCUCCCGACAUUACAGCAAGACCAACAUGAUUGUCUCAAAGCGGCAGAUCCUGGUUUCUGUCUGGCCUACAUACCAUCCUUCUACUGGAACCAGCAAGCCCAUGAAUGCCAGAGCUUUAUCUACGGAGGGUGUGGAGGCAACAAGAACAGAUUCCCCGAUAUUCCUUCCUGUGAAGCUGCCUGCAAACACAUCGGAUGAUUGUGUGGAAACCAGCUGGACUCCUUUAACAAACACGACUAUCGGAUUGCCUUAUUAAACCAGACAGAAUUUUUAAUAAACAUAUAAUAACUAAUUUACAGAUAUGGAUUUGUGGUUCAUUCGCGAGAUGUAAAUUAACGUUAAUUAAAAUAUUCCUCAUCCCCA